AUGUUCGACAUACCUAUAGGAUUAACAAGCAAACGAAUACGAGCUGCAGAAAAGCUUCGAUAUGAAUAUUGUAAUAACCUUUACCGAAGAUACCGCCAGAGCCAAGGAAUUAUGGACAAUGGAUUACCUACACCCGAAAAUUCAGCUACAGAGGCCAGCGAGACUGAGGAAGGGUCACAGAAGAAAAGAAAGCGACUAAGAAGGAGAUGGAAGACCAUCAUGGGGGAGAGUUACUCAGAUUGUGACUCUGAUGAUGAUGAUCUUGAAGAAUUGAUUCAAACAGGUGAUGAUGACGUAGAGCAUAAAGAAGAGGACCAAGAGCGCAUCUUUUUCAAGAGAUAUCACAAACCACAACACACCUUCGAAAACUGGCAAACCGAUGCCAGUAAAAGGGCACCAAUACGAAGAAACAAAAUAUCUUUCUCUAAAUUAAAUCGAAUACAAAAACGUUCCAAAAAUAACAUGGAAAAAUCUUUUGCAUUUGCCUCUCAUAAGAACAAAGUAUUCUUCAACUCGAUAAGUCAAGGUUUAGAAUAUAUCGAUCCUGAACUCGGAGAUACUGAGACUUUCAACAUUAAGCAUAUUAGACUUUUGACAAAUCUUUUACAGUUGCAUGUUUCGCGGCAUAAUUGGACUCUAGCAUACAAAUGCUUCGCUUUACUGAUCAGGAUACCAAAAGUUGACAUUCGGAACCUAUGGGGUAUAGGUGACAGGAUACUGGCCGAAAGAGAACCCGUAAAAUCAUUGGAAUUUCUUGAAUGGAUGAAUAGUGUAUAUUCGUCCAGGAUGAAAUUUUCGGAAGAUAUUAAUUAUCAAAGACCACCAGUAUUCACGAAAGGAUCUAGAGAUCACGUUCCAAAAUACACUGUCACUUUUUUAUGGAUCUCUUUAAUAAGCUGUACCAGGGAAAUGGAAGAAUCAGGUGGUAACGAUAAUUUAAAUGAAGGCGAUGCUUUACUGGAUCUCAUAGAAAGAAUCUCGGAACUGAUCUUGAGUCCUCCAUUUAUGGAAGAUUCUGAGAUUUGGUUCAUUUACGCAUUAUGUCAUAUGAUUAAAGCAGAUAAAUUAUCAAGUCAAUUCAAUCAGAAUCUUGUCGGAUCUGCAAGAGAUAUUGCAAGUAAUCAAGUUUUCCAGCAUAUCCAAAAUUCAAAGACUUUUUUACAAACGUGUGCGUCCAAGGGCGAUUUCCAUUUCCCAAAGCGAUACAUCGAAAGGCAACUAGAAUCAUUUGAAAAAAGGAUUCAACAACUCGAUAUUAUUCAAAGUAAUACUGAUCAAGACGACAUUUAUCAUUCAGAAGAUUUUGAUUAUCAUAUAUCACAUUACGAAGAUAGCUCGAGUGAUGGCUUGGAAUCAAGCUCCUAA